UGAACGUGAACAACCUUCAUUGUUUUUCAGCUUUCCACUUUUUUUAGUGCUUGCGGUCACUUCGCGUAGUAUUCUCAUUAUUUAAGCGCUUUGAGCUGUAGUCUUUUCUUUGCCAUUCCCUCGAACAUAUAAUGGCUUCUUGAACUUCUUCUGAAUCCCUAUUUUUUCGUAACAUUUCAUUCUCAUUUCAACAACAAGAUGCCACGACAACAACGUGCGGCCAGUAAGGUCGCGGCGCAGAAGCCAAUGAAAAAAGUGCUUCCAAAAAAAGUUGACCUUGCUCUCAACGAAGUUGAAAGCCUUGAAGAUUUUUUUGCUGGAGACGCAGAAUGUAAAAAUGAUGCAGAGGAAUGCAAGAAGAACUCGAAAAGCGCUUGCAAGAUUGUUGUGCCCCGUCUUCAAUUACCAGUACGCAAAGGAAAAAAAAACAAAAACUCUUCUGCUGUAGUUUUAAAACAUAAAGAACGAACUUCAAAAACAACGAAUAAGAAGAGUAAUACUGGCCAACAAACACCUCGAGAAGAUAGUGAAACUGUGAACAAGAUCACUGAGAAAAUCGAAGGCACCACUGCCACCUCAUUCGCGGACGUGGAAAUGGAAGCUACGUCGAUCAAUACCAGUCUCCCUCAAGAACCUGCUGCGACAAUACUACUGAACAACGAAACUUCUCAAGUGCAAGCAGACUCGAACAUCACGGAAUUGAUAAAAAAGGAAUCGCGUGAAUCAAACAUCCUUGGCAAUGCUGAUUUCGAUAUGGAAAGCUUGGUCGCAGACUUGGAGUCGCAAAAUAUUGAACCAUGUACUUCGCCGAUUGGAGUGAUUCAUCUUAAUCUCUCGAAGAAGAGCAUUGUUGAUUGCAGCACUGGCCUCGCAGCACCGAAGACAUCUUCUUCUUCUUCCUCAGUAGUAGUAAAUAUAGUUGCUAGUCCUGGGAGAGCUAAUGACUUGGAAUCAAAAGGCGACUCGCAAGAUCUCAUUCCCGCUUCUACAUGGUCUGAAAUAGUUCAAGAACUUCCACUGGACGCUUCGCGCCAGAUUGCUGCCGAGGUAAACAAGCAAGUAUCUCGAUCUUCUUCGAUAAUAAUUUUGACGAGUGACGAUGACAAGGAGCAGGCGGGCAACAAGUCUAUCAACGUCCCUGUUCCUCAUGCUGCAGGACAAGACUGCCGUUGCUUGGACAUUGAGACAACGUGCACGGCAAAAGCAGCAGUUCCUGACCCACCGAAGAAGACUGUCCCCAUGAAGCGACGCGCCCUCAAGAAAUCGGCAAACAAUGAUAUUGCUCCUGACGCUAGCACUGACCUACCAGCAAAAAGGAAGCGCGUGAAUAACAAAGUGACCAAGUGCGCAGAUGAUAAGGAUCAAAUGCUCGGGGAAGAACUUCCGAUGAAUCUGAAAAAAAAAAUAGUAAAAAAAAUUGCAUCUAGUUUUAGCACAUCUACGUCGUCUGCAGCAAAUGACACGGCGACGACGAUCGAUCCGCUAGCGGGUGCCUCUGUGGAACCUCUAACUUUUUACGCUGAUGCAACUCCUAGCCUAAUGGAUCCAUCUACUACUCCAGCUACCCACGUAACUACAUCUGAAGCAAGUCAAUUUGUUUUUCAGAAAAACAGCAAUAGUAAUUCAGCAGCCGGAGCUUCGUCAUCCAGUUCGAGUUCAACGAACAACGAAAAGUCUUCUUCUUCUACGGAAAAAGAUAAUACACAAGCAUCGGACAACACUCAACGAGCCCAACAAGAUGAAACAGAAAAUCGACGUAAUGUUUUCACGGACAGGCGCAAGGCAGACGAUCCAACUGUGCAAGCAGGAGCAGACGAUCCUUCUGAUGCAAUUCGUGUUGACGGGUCUAGUUUGAACUGCAUUUGGGAAAUUCCCAAAAAUUACAAGGGAUGGUCCUGCUACCUAAUUACGAUUCUGAACGUGGACUUGUCUCCCGCCGAAGUUUUACAAGUUAUUAUGAACUCAGUGGCAGCGAAUGGCCACUCUGUGAUGCAGAUUCUAGUGCGAGCUGAAAAUAAUCGAUCCGGUGAAGGUCAACACUCACACGCAGCCAUACACGUGAAGUCCCGACUCAGGUUUCCGCACAUCAAAGAGCACGUAGACUUAAGAUAUUUAUCACGUACUCUCUUUUUUUCUCUGCUUAUUCACGACUAUUUUCGUCUGAAAAUGUGAAUAGCCUGCACAGAAAAGCAAGGAAGUGAGCCUUUUUAUUUUCAUGCAAAGCGACGAUUGGAACGAAGCAAAACAAAGCAAUAUCUAGCGAUUGGCGACCCCUUGCUUUUGAGUCGAGCGUGUUCUACCUCACGAUGCCCACAGGCAAGAAAGCAGCGUGCACCUUUGGACAGUGCGCACGAUGGACACUUAUGUAAUAUAUACUAGCUUAGAAAUCAGAUCUCCUCUUUCCCGUACUACUUCAAACACGUUUCACAUGACUUGGCGUCGCCUUCUAACCCCUACCCGUCGCUGGUGCAACGAGACUUGUUAUGGCGUUGAUACUGACUCUUCUACAAUGACAUCUUCGCACUCAAAUGCUGGAAAGAAUAUUUCACAACGCAUUUAGCGAAGUAGUCGUUGUAGAUGCACGGUUGCUUUUCUAAUUCUUGACGAGAUAGCGCGAGGAGCGCCAGACUGUAAAGAAAAAAACGAAAUGGAUAAUGAUUAUGAAUGGGGAUAAUAAGCAAAACUUCUCAUUAUACUUUUUAAAUUAGUUUCUCGAGCUAAGUCUUACUUCCUCAAUAUCGCCGCCCUAGAGCGUGCGCUUUUGUUACUCGACUUCUUCAUCGACCCGAAUUUUACCAGAACUACGUUGUGCAUAAAUGGAAGCGUGUAGAAGACUUGGUGAAAAUGGCUCACGAAGACUCACGACUUCGACGACAUUGCUUUAGAGGCAAUGGCGACUUCACAAAAAAUUAAGAAGACUACAUGCGUACUUCACAGAAAAAGAAUCUCAAACAUGAGAUGCAUGCUUUGUGCGUGUAAAGUACUUAUGGGGUCCGCGUCUAAUAAUUAUUUUUUACUGUUAGAAGAUUUGCCCACUUGCUCGAAUCUUACGAGGACGACAUGAACCUUUACGACUCCCUGCUCAAGCCAAGCAGAGCGAACCCAGAACAUCUUAUGGCAAUUCCUUUCUUCAAGUGGUGACUUACUGAUCCAGUAUCAAUAUUUCUCAGUAUAGCAUAUGACUCUAGUUGCAACUUCGCUCACUUUGCUAGCCUUCAUCUUCUAAUGCAAGAUGUGCGUACUACGAUAUCUGGCAGAAAGCAGUGGAGAUCCAAACGGAAAAAUCGUCCCGGCUUUUUGCAUUCGAAAUCCUGCACUUAAGGCUUCACUACCUUGCUUGUACUACAAAUUUGUUUUAUUUGUAAGACUACUUUUCCAAAUGGAAAAAGUCUACGCAAUACAUAAUACAAAGAUUUCUAAUGCUCUGGGCGAAUCUCGGACGGGUAAGGGGCAACUACUUCUUGGUAGUCGGAGUUCCUGGAUCUGGAAAGUCAGCUUUCGCAACGGAGCCGCUGAAGCGUAAGAUUAACUUUAUCCCUUGUCUCGUAAAUAAUUUAUUUUCCACUUCGUGACUAUUGUAGGCAAAAAAAAAAUGAUGAUGCAACUUAAGCUAAGUUCAACUCAUCACACGUCACAACCUCUUCUUCUUUUACCUCGCGCAAUUCCUUCAUUUCUGGCCAGUUAUUUUGGGAAAAAAAAACUUCGAUAUGGCUUCUGGUUGUGGAUCCUACGGGCUCCUCGAUAUCCUCGACCGCAACAUUAAAGCGUUCUGCGUGGACGAGGUCGUGCUUUCACGUUGGGCUUCGUUGCUAGGCACGGGGACAGGAUCCGGAGGAUGGUUCAAGAGGUUACUGAACUUCCUAACUACCAGACAGAUCGAAGUUCCUGUUCCUCGAAACUGUACGAGAGACGACGCACUCUGGGAUAACCCUGCGCCAUGUUUCGGUAGCACGACAGAAGAACUGUUUCUCUUAAGGACGUCCAAUGCUCGCUCAUAGUGCAACUCUGCUUUUUACGUAAUGCACUGCUUGCAACUUCUUGUUUUCCUGACACCUUUUAUCAAGUCUAACUUAUGCGAUGGGAGAGGACACCGAAUUCAAAACUGAGAAGCGAGUUGUACUUGAAAACGAACAACUUCGACAACGAUGCAAAUAUAGACUCUGGAAUGUGGACCUAACCAAAAAACUACCUUCACAAUUUGGGCCAAAGGCUCAAGCAAAAAAUCUUUGGGACAUCUGCGCCAUAUGCUUUUCGCAUCAUUUGAAGUUAUGGCUAUGCUACAUGGUACUAUCCGCGCCAAUCCCUUACUUUUUUUAUAUUUCAUUUCUAUACCCCAAGAUUACCAAGUGCUUCAACAUUGCCUACUCUCGUACUCUAAUGACCGACGCGCAUGAUCAUUAUGACGUGCUUCUGGACCAACAUCUUCAAUGCUUGGAAGUACAGGAAGGAGAAGCCGAGGAGUCCGUUGAUGAAUUUGCUGUCGAUAUUUCUCCAGAUGAAUGCACUGAUCAUGAACCCGAACAAGUCUUGGAGCAGGCUGCUGAUGAAAUUUUAGGCAGUAUUUCUGUUCCUUUUUCUGCAUUCGACGAUGUUGAAGGUAUGGCUUUUUGAACCAUAUUAAUAUUCACGUUGAUAAUAUUGAUCAUGCCCAACACAUGAACUUUCUAUUCUUGGUAGUGCAAUUAAUAUGACUAUGCAUAUAUGUACUACAAUUUGCAAGAACAAGGAUACUAAUAAUAAAACUGAUGCUGAUUGACAUGCUAUAGGGUGUAUCAUUGCAAUAAUUAUAGUUUUCAUCUGUCAAAAGUAAAGCUCUUUUCCAUGAAAGUAAGACUAUAGUUACACAGUCAGUGAUAAUGUAUAUUUGCACUCCAUGCAUUACAAGCAUAUACAAUACUUCGCUCUUGGUAGUCGCAUACAUUGCAAGAGAAUAAAGCUUUCAUGUACAGUCAUUCUCUUGGGCUACACUGCAAGAAAUAGAAACCGAUAUUAUUCAUCCAUCAUGUACACACUUCCACUAGAAUUGUAAAGGGCAAUACUUUCGCGCACGUAUAGACUCUAAUGAAACUCAUCCCUUAAGUGUGCUCCUUGUUCAUGAGAAUCG